AUGAUAACAAGAAGAGUUCUUCCAAUCCGAAAUGUAACAGUUAUCCAAGGUCCACCUCCAUCUCCAACUGCUCUCGGCAACCCUACCCCACUUGGUCUUGGUGCUUUUGCUCUGACCACCUUCAUGCUCUCAGUAUUCAAUGCUGGCUCGAAUUUGAUCAAUCCUGCUGUUUUAACUGUAAUUCUGCCUGUUGCAUUAUUCUAUGGUGGCAUUGGUCAAUUUGCAGCAGGCAUGUGGGAAUUUCGUAUUCAAAAUACAUUUGGUGCUACAGCAUUCACUAGUUAUGGUUGUUUCUGGAUGUCAUUUGCUGGCUACAUAUACUACAUUGUUCCUCAACUGGAAAGUACAGGCAAAGCAUAUCAAGCAACAGGACUUUUUCUCUUUUCAUGGCUCCUUUUCACUGCGUAUAUGUGUGUUGCUUCUUUUCGUGUUUCACGAAUGCUUUUUAUUUUAUUUUUUGUUCUUAUUAUAACCUUAAUACUUCUCAUUAUUGGAGAACUUGCUCAAAAGCCAGUCGUAACAAAUGUUGGCGGAUGGUUCGGAAUCGUGACAGCAUUUGUUGCUUGGUAUGGUUCGGCCGCUGUCAUGAUCAAUACAACAUUUGGUCGCACGGUAUUUCCCCUUGGAUCACACAAGGUUGCGGCAGUGCUUCCCAAGUAA